AUGUUUUCAUUAAAUUCAAUUGAUAAUAAAAAUUUUCUAAUAACGAUUGAAUAAAAACUAAAGAAAAAGUUUAUACAAAUAAGAGAAGAGAGAACAUAAUACAGAAAUGAUUACUUGAAGAAAGGUUAAGUUUUUUAUGAUAAUGUGGACAUUAAUAGUUAAGUAACGCCAAGCGGUUAUUGGAAUAAAUUUUACUAAUAACUUAAUUUAUUUAAUUGAUCAAUUUUUUUAUGAAUAUGAACAUUUGAGCAUUGAGUGAGGAAUAGUACAUAUCAAGCUUUUUAUUAUAUUAAAGGUAAAAAUUUAAGUAACUCAAUUCAUAUUCCCAAUAUAAAGUAUGACUAAUUUUUAGGAUCUCAUUUUAGAUUUGUUUGUUGUAUAAGAAAUGAGUAAAAUUAUCUUAUAAAGAGUUUGGAGACUCAAGUUUCAUUCAUUCAUUUGAAGUAACCUUAUCAUUAUUAUUUGUAAUUAUUUUUAGUAUACUUAGCCAUAUUUAAAAAUAAUUGGGAGGAUUCUUAUUAAGUUUUAGUUUGUUUGAUUAGAAAGAAAGGUAAAUGGAAAGUAAAUAAAUUGCAUUGAUAAAAAAAUGCUAUAUAAAAGAGUGAUAAGUUAAAUAAUGCAUAAAAUUGGGUUUUUAUGAUUUAGAGGAGAUUGGAGAGAAUAAAGAGUAUUUAAAUUCAAUCAGCAUAAAUAGUAUUAAAUGGUUUUUGAGUAUAUGGUAUGUUUGGUG